GUCAGUGCGACUGCUGUCUCGCCACAGACAACCCUGCUAGACGAGGAAGGGCUGUGUUGCUAGAGGUGGCGCGUGCCCUGUUGCAAGGGUAGCGCUUCGUUGGACGCAGCCAUGGUUUUUGAAUCUCUGGUUAGUGAUCUGCUAAACAGAUUUAUCGGAGAUUAUGUCGAAAACCUGGACAAGUCGCAGCUAAAGAUUGGCAUUUGGGGAGGAAAUGUUGUACUUGAAAAUCUGAAAGUGAAGGAGAAUGCUUUGAGCGAGCUCAACGUUCCUUUCAAAGUCAAGGCAGGCCAAGUUGGAAAGCUGACAUUGAAGAUCCCUUGGAAGAACCUCUACAAUGACUCUGUAGUUGCUACAUUGGAUGGUCUUUAUCUCCUUGUGGUCCCUGGAGCUACGAUCAAAUAUGAUGCUGCUAAGGAGGAGCGCUACACGCAGGAGGCAAAGCAGAAGGAGCUGCAGCGCAUCGAGGAGGCACUUCAAAUGGCUGCACGAAGAGAAAAGCCCCAAGAUGAGAAAAAGGACACAUUUGCAGAGAAGCUUGGAACUCAGGUCAUCAAGAACCUCGAGGUCAAGAUCACCAGUAUCCACAUCCGAUACGAGGAUGAUCUGUCAGACCCCCAACGCCCCAUCUCCAUGGGAGUUACCUUAGCAGAGCUGAGUUUACAGACGGCUGAUGAAAACUGGAGGACAUGUAUUCUGAAUGAGGCAGCCAAGAUCAUUUACAAGCUGGGUCGUCUAGAAUGCCUGUGUGCCUAUUGGAAUGUCAACAGCCCCAUCUUCUACAGAGGAUCCUGGGAAGAUAUUGUGGCCAAGCUCAAAGGUGGCAUCAGCAACAAGGACCAGGAGCUCAAGGACUACCAGUACAUUUUCAAACCCAUCUUUGCAUCAGCUAAGAUGUGCAUCAACCCAAAUGCUGAGCUCGAGCUGAAGUCUCCCAAAGCGAUCCUACAUCUGGAAGUGCAGAAUAUAGCGAUAGAGAUGACCAAACCUCAGUAUCUGACCAUGGUGGACCUCCUGGAGUCCCUUGACUGCAUGGUGAAGAACGGGCCAUACCGGAAGUUCAGGCCUGAAGUACCUGUCCACAAAAAUUCUGUCUGUUGGUGGAAAUACAGUGUUAACAGCAUUCUUGAGGUCCACAUCAGACGCUUUAACAAGAUGUGGUGCUGGUCCAGUAUCAAAAAGCACAGGGAGAACCUGAAGGCUUACAAGGGUGCCUACAAGGCCAAGCUCCUGACUCAGGGCAAAUUGAACCAGGACACCGAAAGACAGAUACAGGAUCUGGAGAAAAUCCUGGAUGUCUUCAACAUCACUUUAGCCAGGCAACAAGCACAAAUGGAGGUGAUCCGCUCAGGCCAGAAUUUGGCGGGGAAAAAGGGUGGAGUGGUUCAGAAGCAGGGGGCAGGAGGAGGCGGCUUCUUCAGCAACAUUUUUGGCAGAAAGGCCAAGAAGGAAGAGCAGGAAGAAUCCAAGGAGCCCGAGAGUUCGGGCCUUGAUGAGCUGAUCACCACAGAGGAAAAGGAUAAGCUCUACACUGCUAUUGGUUAUAGUGGUAGCUCUCACAACCUGGCCUUACCAAAGCAGUAUGUAGCGGUGAUCCUUACCUUCAAACUAUUCAGGGCUUCCAUCACAGUAAGAGAGGAGCCCAAUAUUCCAGAGAUCCUCAAGGUCCAGAUGAUCGACCUGAGCACCAAAAUAUCUCAACGACCUGGCGCCCAGGCUUUUAAGGUGGAGGCAGCAUUGGAGCACUGGUAUGUUACAGGCCUGGAGCAGCAGGGGGCAGUGCCCUCUCUCAUCGCCUCCCUGGGAGACGCCACUUCUUCUCUUCUCAGCAUCCAGUUUGAGCUGAACCCGGAGGACAGCCUGGCAGACCAGCUUCUCCGUGUCCACUCGCAACCUGUGGAGAUCAUAUAUGAUGCGCUGACAGUGAACAGUACGGUGGAGUUCUUCAAGACAGGGAAGGGAGUGGACCUGGAAAUGUUGACUUCAGCCACUCUGUCCAAACUGGAAGAGAUCAAGGAGAAAACGGCCACAGGUCUGUCUCAUAUCAUCGAGACCAGAAAAAUUCUGGACCUGAGGAUAGACCUAAAGCCUUCCUACCUGCUGAUGCCAAAGUCUGGCUUCUAUGACACCAAUUCUGAACUCAUUAUUGUAGACUUUGGUAGUUUACAGCUGAACAGUGUGGACCAGGGCAGCCACCAGCCUGCCUCGGGCAGCUUCUCCUCACUUGAGGAGAUUAUGGACCGUGCCUACGAGAAGUACUCCCUGGAGCUCCGCAGUGUCCAGCUCCUCUACAGCAAGUCAGGUGAGGCCUGGAAGAUGGCGCGGCUGCAGGGAUCAUCCAUUCAACACAUCCUUCAACCAAUGGACUUCACUCUCCAGCUGGCUAAAUGUAUGGUGGAGAAGGAUGCCAGAAUGGCCAGGUUCAAGGUGUCAGGUGAACUGCCGCUGCUGCAUAUUAAGAUAUCAGACCAGAAGAUUCAGGGGGUCUCUGAGCUGGUCAACACUAUCCCCCUUCCCAAUAUGGGCUCCACCCCUUCUACCCCCACUGACAAGGUGCUGUCCUUGGCUGAGUCCAGACCCAAAAUUCUAAAUCUUCAUCCCACGCUCCUUGGAACAAUAGAAACAGAUGUCAACAGACUGACAACAGCUACAAACAAUUCUGACGAGGAUGCCAGCGAGAGAUCCUUGGAUGAGGACCAUCAGAGAUCAGCGGUGGAGGAGCUCAUUGAUGUCCAGUUCAAGUUUGAAGUCAAAACGGUUUUGCUGGAGCUAACAAGGCAGGCUGACCAAGAGAACACGGUUCUGGCCCUCAGUGUGUCCCAACUGGGAGCAGAGGGCAAGAUGCGGAGCUACGACCUCACCGUCACCUCCUACCUCCGUAGAAUAGGACUGGACUACUGUGAGAUACAAGAUGCUAAGAACCAGCCUCUCCAUCUAAUCAGCUCUUCAGACAAGCAGGGCUCAGACCUGCUGAAGGUGGAGUUCAUCAAAGCUGACCCCAAUGGCCCCAGCUUCCAAACCAUGUUUAACAACACAGAGCAAACACUGAAGGUGGAAUUUUCCUCUCUAGACUUUGUCCUCCACACCAAAGCCUUACUCUCUACCAUCAACUAUUUGAACACUGCUAUACCACAGGAACUCACUACCUCCAGGGACAAAGAUGCAAAGAAACAGGUGGAGAAGGCUGGACAGGGCAAGACAGUAUCUAAAGGCUCUAAAGAUGGCAGUGUGUUUACCUUCAAACUGUUUGCCAUGCUGGGCUCUUUCCACGUGGAAGUUUGUGAUGAUCGCCAUAGCAUUGCUGACAUCAGAGUCCAAGGUAUUGAUGCAUCAGUGCUGGUCCAGGCUAAGGAGACUGAGGUUUUUGCCCGACUCAGAGACAUCGUUGUCACAGAUGUGGACCCUAAAACUAUUCACAGAAAGGCAGUGUCCAUCAUGGGUGAGGAAGUAUUCAGCUUUAAGAUGUCCCUGUACCAAAAUGCCACCGAGGGAGAGGGUUACUGUGACACCUCUAAGGUGGAUGGAAAGGUCACCAUGAGGCUGGGCUGUAUCCAGAUUGUCUACUUGCAUAAAUUCCUAAUGUCGCUCCUGGCUUCUUUUAGCUAUCAGUAUACAUCUCCUGAUGAGACAUUCGUGGACAACUUCCAGACCGCAAAGGAGGCCCUGAGUGCGGCUACAGCCCAGGCGGCAGAGAAGGCAGCCUUCAGCGUCAGGGACUUCGCCCAGAAGAGCUUCCGUCUCUCAAUGGACAUCAAGCUGAAGGCCCCACUUAUCAUCAUCCCCCAGUCUUCUAUCUCCCACAAUGCCUUCGUGGUGGACUUGGGUCUGAUCACCGUGGGGAACAGCUUCUCUCUGAUGACAGCCGAAGGGUUCUCCCUCCCUGCAGUUGUGGAAAAGAUGGAUGUGAAGUUGACUCAGCUGAAGCUGUCUCGAACCAACUUAAAACAAAGCUCCCCACAGCCAGACAUUGAGAUUCUCCAACCAAUCAACUUGGCGCUUCUUAUCAACCGUAAUCUGGCAGCUUCCUGGUUUACCAGUAUCCCCGGCAUGCAGGUUCAGGGAGUCCUGAAAUCAAUGAAUAUUUGUCUGGGUCAGGAAGAUUUUGGUGUGCUGAUGAAGAUCCUGGUGGAGAACAUUGGAGAGGGAAGUAAGGAACAUAUUAUGGACAUGAAGAAGCAGGUGGCUCAAGAGAAGGCAGAACUGGCUGAGGAACAGAUGGAGGUGAUACCAUUACAAGUGGGACUUGGUGGGCAGCCUUCUGUGACCAAUGGAGGUCUUAGUGAAAAUGCUCUCAAUAUUCUCCUCAACUUUGAAAUCAAAGAGAUGGUGUUGACAUUAAAGAAGCCCAGAGACCAAAAGGAGUUCCCAUUCCUGGUCCUUGAUGUGGCCCAUCUGGGAAUAGACACCAAAGUCAGGAAGUACGACAUGUGUGCCACCACCUACAUCAAGAAGAUCACCAUGACGUGUCUGGAAUUUACAGACUCCACUGGAGAACCGCUCUGUUUAAUCAACUCAUCUGUGGAGUCUGGCACUGAGCUACUUAAAGUGCAGUAUUUCAAGGCGGACAGGAAUGGCCCAAACUUUGCUAGCGUUUACAAGAACACCGAACAAAUGAUCAAUGUAACUUUCACCUCUCUUGACUUGUUGCUCCACACCGAAGCUCUUCUAUCCACGAUCAACUUUCUGUCUGCGGCAUUGUCAUCCAGCAGUUUACCCUCACCAGAGAGAGAUUCUAAACCCAAGGCAGAGGACAUCAAGGCUGUCUCAGCCAAGUCUACUACACUGGGCUCUCCAUCUGACGGUGAAGUCAUUGACCUGAAGGUGAUGAUGCAGCUUGGGGCCUUUAAUGUCCUGGUGUGUGACCAGAGAUGCAACAUGGCUGACAUUAAGAUCCAAGGUAUUAAUGGGUCAUUGUUGAUGCAAGGACCACAAACUCAUCUAUCUGCUAGGCUGCGAGAUUUCAUCGUCAUCAACAUUGAUCCUAAAAGCAUCCAUAAAAAGGCCAUCUCAAUAGUUGGUGACGAGGUGUUUAGUUUCACCAUGAGUCUGACACCAAAGGCCACAGAAGGAGCUGGAUAUGCUGACACCUCCAAAGUGGAUGGCAAGGUCAAGCUCAAUGUGGGCUGCAUCCAAGUGGUCUACCUACACAAGUUUUUUAUGUCCUUACUGAACUUUACCAACAACUUCCAGAUGGCAAAGGAGGCCCUGAGUGUAGCUACAGCUCAGGCAGCAGAGAAGGCGGCCUCCAGUGUCAGGGAUUUUGCUCAGAAGAGCUUCCGUCUCUCCAUGGACGUCAAGCUGAAGGCCCCCCUCAUAAUCAUUCCCCAGUCAUCCGUCUCCCAUAAUGCAUUGGAAGUAGACCUAGGUCUGAUCACUGUGAAAAACACCUUCUCCUUGCUGCCCGUCGAGGGAUGCCCCCUGCCAGCUGUCAUUGACAACAUGGCUAUCCAGCUAACCAAGCUUCAACUCUCCAGGAUCUCAAUGGAUGCAGUGUUGCCCCGGGCCAGUUCAGAGCUGUUGGAACCGGUCAACCUUGUUCUGAGCAUCAAAAGAAACCUGGCAGCCUCCUGGUACCAGAAGAUGGCUGCUGUAGAAAUCGAUGGUGACCUCAAACCCAUGAAGUUGACACUGAGUCAGGAAGACCUGAGGGUGCUUCUAAAGAUCCUGAUGGAGAACCUGGGAGAGGCCAGCAGCCUCCAGGCAGACAACCCUGACCCCGCUGCCUCCAGUCAGGACACCAGCCUGCAACUCAAAACCACUGGCUCUCCUCUUACAGAUGGUGUUGAGAAGCCUGUGGCACAAAUGGUUGAGGAAGAGGAGGAGCCUCAAGAAACCAUAAAGUUCAGCUUCCAUAUUGAGACUCUGGGACUAGUGCUGUACAGCAAUGACCCCAAACAGACAUCAACCCCAGGCUCACAUCAUGAGAACUUCCGCCUGGGGGAGUUUGCUCUUCACCGGAUUAAGGCCUCAGGGAAGAUGCUGGCAAAUGACACCAUGGAGGUGACGACCAUCCUCACUGCCUGCACUCUGGAUGACCUGAGGAGUGGACUGCAGAGAGUCACUUCCCGGAUGGUGGGCAAGCGAGAUGAGGAGAGUUCAGAGGCCAUGAUUGACGUAACCUAUCGUCAGAGUGCCAUGGACAGGGAGGUGGUGGCGGUGCUGCAGAAGCUCUACCUGUGCGCCAGUGUGGAGUUCCUCAUGGCCGUCGCAGACUUCUUUAUCCAGGCCCUGCCUCAGAGCCCCACCCAACCAGCAGCCACCUCACAGGCAGACAAGCUACCUCUGAAACAGAUAGCGGAACCUCGUGCCAGUGCUGACACCAAGACAGCCAUAAUGCCGAGGAGCAAGGUACGAGCAGUAGUGGUCGAUCCAGAGGUGGUGUUCGUUGCCGACCUGAUGAAAGCGGAUGCACCUGCCCUGGUGACCUCGUUUCAGUGUGACUUCAGCCUCCAGACUGGGGAGGAUGGGGCUCAGAGCAUGAAGGCUAGCCUCAGGGACCUCAAAGUCCUGGCCUGUCCCUUCAUCCGCAACAAAGAAGACAAGGCUGUAACCACUGUGUUGAGGCCAUGCUCUGUUCUCUUGGAAACCAACACCCGUUCCAACCAGCCACUGUCUGGCUCUGUGAUAGUAGAGGAAGUCAUAUUUAAGAUCUCUCCAUUCAUCAUCAACACAGUGAUGACCAUCACAGCUGCCAUGACGACCAAACCACAGAAUGAGCAGUGCCAGGAAGUCAAGCCAGACGCCAGUGACCUUUGGUCAGUUAUGAACAUCUACAACUGCAACUAUUGGUUCCUAGGGGUGGACCAGGCGACUGAAGUCACAGAGAGCUUCAGAGAUCAGGAUGGACGCAAUCAGGGAGAGAACUUUGUGGUGGAAGUCAAGGUGGUGCAGGUGGCUCUGGAGUCAGGAUUUGGACACAGAACGGUACCACUGCUUCUGGCAGAGUCGUCAUUCAAUGGCAUGGCUAAGAACUGGUCGUCUCUGCUCAACAUAAGUGCUGACAUGACCCUGGAGGUGAAUUACUUCAAUGAGAACCAUGCAGUGUGGGAGCCGCUCAUAGAGAGAGUUGACAACGGUAAACGCAGAUGGAACCUGAAACUGGAGCUGAAGAAUAACCCAGUGCAAGACAAGAGCCCUGUUCCUGGAGAUGACUUCAUAGUGCUCCCUGAACCUCGCACAGCCAUCAACAUCUGCUCCAAAGACACCAUGAACAUCACCAUUUCCCAGUGCUGCCUUAGUGUUUUCAACAACCUGGCCAAGGCAUUCUCUGAAGGUACAGGCUCCACCUUUGAUCACUCACUGAAGGAGAAGGCCCCUUAUACUAUUCGGAACGCACUGGGCAUCCCUCUAAUUUUGCAGCAUAGUGCCAACCUGCAGCUGGUGGACUCAUCAAUGAAGGGCAAGCUCCAUGAAGUGGCAGUGGAUCAAAGCGUGGACCUGGAACACUCAAUGAGUCAACGCUCCUCCAGGGGCAGGCUGUCUGCCCUGCAACGCCAAGAGAGCUGCGUUUUUAACCUCAGCAUUGUGCCUACCGGCUACAGUGAGAUCUCCAAUCUUGCUUUGGAUAAGCCAGGUCGCAGGCUGUAUAACAUCCGGGGUCCCAUGCUGCAGGAGGCAGUGUCUGUGCUACUACAGAUAGAUGCCUCAGAGGGUAACAAGGUCAUCACCGUCCGUUCUCCACUGCAGAUAAAAAACCAUUUCACCGUGCCGUUCACCGUUCUGAAAUACUGCCCAACAUCCAGGAGCCUGGUGAAGAUAGGAAUGGCUAAACCUGAAAAGGAAUUUCAUAUAGCCUUGGAAACUUACAGAUGCCAGCUGUUUCUGCAACCAGCGGGUCAUUUGGAGGGUCAGUAUGGACCCUCAACCACCUGCAUAGCAUGGAAAGAGCAGGUGCACUGCAGUGCUGAGGUGCGUUCCCUGCUCCAGUGCCUGUCGGCAGAUAGCAGCUUCCUGCCACUGAUGGUGACCACGGUGGCAGUGCCAGAUGACUUGCAGCACAUCGCCAGCCAUGGAGAGGAGGAGUGGGACCCAGCCUACAUCAUCCACCUGCACCCAGUGACCACCCUGCGCAACCUGUUGCCCUACACCAUCCGGUACCUCCUUGAGGGAUCAGCAGAGUUCCAUGAGCUUCAGGAAGGCAAUACGUCUGACAUCCUCAACGCUCGCAUCAGGGGCGAGAUCAUGGAGAUGGUGCUCAUCAAGUAUCAGGGCCGUGACUGGCACAGUCAUAUGCGCAUCGCCCAAGACAUGCCUGAGUUCUACCCUUUGUUCUUUGCUUGUGACACCGACCCCAAGCUCACUGUAGAUGUGAGUGUACAUGUGGCGCAGGUGCAGGGCCGCCUGAUGCUUUCUGUCUUCAGCCCCUACUGGAUCAUCAACAAGACAUCUCGCGUGCUGCAGUACAGGGCUGAGGACAUCUCGGUCAAACACCCCUCUGACUAUAGAGAUGUCAUCCUCUUCUCUUUCAAGAGGAAGAACAUCUUCAGCAAGAACAAGCUUCAGCUCUGUGUGUCCACAAGCUCAUGGUCAGAUGGUUUCUCUCUGGACACAGUUGGGAGCUAUGGGUGUGUAAGGUGUCCUGCAAACACCAUGGACUAUCUGGUUGGAGUGAGCAUCCAGAUGAGCAGUUUCAACCUGACAAGGAUUGUCACCAUGAGUCCUUUCUACACACUGGUCAACAAGUCUUCAUAUGAGCUGGAAGUUGGGGAGGUUCACAAUGGCCAAGGCUCUGUCAACAUCAAGUGGCAUUACAUCUCUUCCAAAGAGUGUCUGCCCCUGUGGCCAGAGAGCAGCACAGGGAAGCUGUGUGUCCGGGUGGUUGGCUCUGAAUCCAGCUCCAAGUCCUUCUUCUUCAACAAGCAGGAUAAUGGCACUUUACUGGGCAUGGAUGUGUACGGAGGCGUCAUAGUAGAUGUGAACAUCGCAGACCACUCCACUGUGAUCAGUUUCACUGACUACUAUGAAGGAGCCGCUCCUGCCCUCAUUGUUAAUCACACCCCCUGGGUCAACAUCAGUUACAAACAGAGUGGAUCACCGGUCAGUCGAGAAUUGAGUCCAGGUCAGGCCCAGCGGUUUGCCUGGGAUGACCCUGCAGGUGUCCGUAAGCUUAGCUGGAGCUGUCUUGAACAUUCUGGGCAGCUGGACCUGGUCAAGGAUGAGUGUGGUCAGUUUGCAUAUGAUGGCCUAUCCCAGGUCCACUGGGUGUCCUUUCUGGAUGGGCGCCAGCGGGUGCUGCUCUUCACCGAGGAUGUGGCGGUGGUGAGCAAGGCGAGGCAAGCUGAGGAAAUGGAACAGUUCCAACAGGAGGUCAACGUGUCGCUGCAGAACCUGGGCCUGUCGCUCAUCAACAAUGAUAACCAGCAAGAGAUUGCUUAUGUUGGCAUCACCAGCUCUGGCGUGGUGUGGGAAAUGAAGCCAAAGAACCGCUGGAAGCCAUUCAACCAGAAGAAUAUCAACCUGCUAGAGAAGGCCUACCAGAACCACCUGGCUGGGAAGAGUGAACCAGGCUGGGUCAAACUGGAGACCAACAUAGAGGUGAACUUCGGAAGGGUCCCUGCGAUGAUGCGUCAGCCCUUUUUCUGUCCCGUGAGGCGGAACUUCCUGUCUGGGAUCCAAGUGGAGUUCAAACAGUCCCCUCAUCAGAGGAGCCUCCGGGCUCAGCUUCACUGGCUACAGGUGGACAACCAGCUCCCUGGUGCUAUAUUCCCCAUAGUGUUCCACCCAGUGCCCCCUCCAAAGUCAAUCGCCAUGGACUCAGAGCCAAAGCCAUUUAUUGAUGUCUCCAUCAUCACAAGGUUCAAUGAACACAGCCAAGUCAUGCAGUUUAAGUAUUUCAUGGCUCUGGUGCAGGAAAUGGCUGUGAAAAUAGACAAGGAUUUUCUGGGAGCAAUCGUAGCUCUGUCCACUCCCGCUACUGAUCCCAAGGCUGACAAACAAAAAAACAAGUUGAUAGAGAGAGACCUGGAGAUGCUGCAGGCAGAGCUGAUGGAGGUGUCAAUGACAGACACAUCAGGCCUCAGCUUCUUUGAACACUUUCACAUCUCCCCAAUCAAGCUGCAUCUGAGCCUCUCUCUGGGUUCCAGCGGUGAUGAAUCGGGCCAACAGGAAAUGGUUGCCAUCCAGUCACUCAACUUGCUGCUGAAGAGCAUCGGCGCCUCACUUACUGAUGUAGAUGACCUCAUCUUCAAACUGGCCUUCUUUGAGGUGAAGUACCAGUUCUACAGGAGGGAGAAGCUUAUGUGGGCAGUGAUUCGACAUUAUAGCGAACAGUUCCUGAAGCAGAUGUAUGUGCUGGUUCUGGGUUUGGAUGUGUUGGGAAACCCAUUCGGACUGAUCCGAGGCCUGUCUGAAGGAGUAGAGGCUUUCUUUUAUGAACCAUUCCAGGGUGCUGUACAAGGACCUGAGGAGUUUGCAGAAGGCUUUGUUAUUGGAGUCCGCAGUCUACUAGGUCACACAGUCGGUGGAGCUGCAGGUAUGGUGUCCAGGAUCACUGGCUCAGUGGGGAAAGGCCUGGCAGCCAUCACUAUGGACAAGGAGUACCAGCAGAAACGCAGGGAAGAGAUGAACCGACCGCCCAAAGACUUUGGAGAGAGUCUGGCCAAAGGAGGGAAAGGCUUUCUCAAGGGUGUUGUUGGGGGAGUUACAGGCAUCGUGACCAAACCUGUGGAGGGGGCUAAGAAAGAGGGCGCCGCUGGCUUCUUCAAAGGCAUUGGGAAGGGUUUGGUGGGUGUGGUUGCCAGGCCCACAGGAGGCAUUGUGGAUAUGGCUAGUAGCACCUUCCAAGGUAUCCAGAGAGUGGCAGAGUCGACAGAGGAGGUGACUAAGCUGCGGCCAGUUAGGCUGAUCAGGGAGGAUGGCAUCAUCAGACCCUAUGACCAGACAGAGUCCCAAGGCUACGACCUAUUCCAGCGGUCAGAGAUCACACAGCUGGAAGGGGAAGUGUUCAGGGACCACUGCGAGUAUCCUGGACACAGAAAGACUAACAUUAUCAUCACCAACAGGAGGGUGAUGUGUGUGAAGGAGAUUGACUUUGUUGGGCAUUUCAACAAAGAGUGGGAAUGUUUGUUUGAGAAUUUCUACAGACCGCCAACCGUGUCAGGAGCAGAACUGAACAUCCACUGCAAGGAACAGUCUAAACUAAAGUUUCCAAAGCGAGAUGGCCAGGAGUCAGUGAAAGUAGUCAACCUUAAGACCCCAGUCUUGGCCCAGAGACUGCAGGAGGCCAUAGAGCAGGCCCGGGUGGCACGGCAGCAACACAAGAUGGUGAGGCAGAAAUCUCAGCGUUUCCUCAAACCGACCAAUCAGCCAUGACCAAGCCACUGUACCUCAGGGAGGAUCUCUGCGUCAGAGCUUCUCGUGUUGUUAAAUGGGGAACUGUCAUUUAAAGGAUCUCUAUUUUUAAGAUGUCUUGAUGUGAAAAGGGUCAGAACCUGUGCACUUGCUUCCUAAACUUAACUACCUACCACCUCCCGGGACCACUUGGAGAGCUGUAUGCACCUGUGGCUCUGUAAGGCACCUUAAAUAAAAGCCUCCACCAAAGGACAUGUGGAAAUGUUUCGCCAUAAAUUAAAUCAGCCAAGUAAUCUGGUCUUUGAAGGACUUGUUCCAUCCAUGAGUUGAAUAGGAUUCAAUAUUUGUCCACCGGCCAUGGGGUACAUCCCAAAUGUAACUGUCCACUGUGUGUAAACAGGUAGAUUAUGAAUGUUUGGUUACCUGCCAUAGUGGUUGGUAGACUUGAUGUACCAUUCACACACAUUGUGAACCAACAUUCACUUGGUGUCUGAUGGUCUGUAAAACCCUUCAUAUUGCACUUCCCUGGGACUCAGCGAGACGCACUUGCACUAAGAUGUAAAGCCUUAUGUUCAUGUUUACCAUAUAUGAACAUGAAGCUCAGCGCACAAUGAAAACUCUGUGUCGUUGUGUAAUUAGACUUAGAAGGAAAAAUUAAAGCUAUGUAACGUUUUUCAUUUUGGCUACUGACAACCUUAAAGAAUCUAAAAAGAAUGUAAGUUUAUUUUUACAGUACUAAGUACUUGUAAGCUUAGAAAAUAUAGCAAAUAACUUGUGAAGGUUUGUAGUGGAUUUAAAUCGACUAUGAAAUUCGGGUUCGUGUAGUUGGUGAAACCGUAGUAUAAUAAGAUAGUGCAGUAGUAUGUAAAUGAAUUUUGUAGUACACAGAAAACAAAAAACUAAAUGCAAGGACAGCUGUAUAAUGUCUCAUGUCAGAUCCUUUACAAAUUGGCAUUUGCUUGUAUUACUCAUGAACAGCUUAAGCAUUAUGUGCACAAAUACUAACCCUUGAUCAAACUCGGUCCAGUGAAGGCUUUCCUCUCAAAUGGAAAGUCACUGGUUUGAAAUGAGAAAACAUGUGCCUGCUGUCUGGCCGUGUUGUAAUGCACGUGUUGGACGUAUUCUGCUUAAUGCACCGAGAGUGCAUGCAAAACUAAACCAAAUUGUUAUUUUCACCAGUUUUUCUGCUAUCUCACUGAUGUUUGUGUAAGGUCAACAUUUGACGAGUGAAUCAAAAGAAUGAAAAUGGUCCCAGUGGAAGUCGAUGUGGUGGUACUCGUACAUUAAGGCUCAGGUUCUUUACAGCAGCGUAAAUGUAUUGCACAUAAAGUGUGAUGCUGGCGUACAUUAUUACAUGUGCUGUGAGUGCUAUCGUCCAGUCAGGGCUCAAAAUACCCGUUCUUUGCUAAUCCUAGAGUAUUUACUGCUCUUAUACCUGUGCAACAGGUGGUUUUACUGAUGAGAUCUAAUAUGCUGAAGACGUUUUCCAACCGUGUUGAUCUUUUCCCGGGGACAACUCUUGUGUUCAUGAGAAAUGUCAUCACCAGCUCCAAGGUUAUUUUUUUCUUUUAUUUUUGUGUGUUCAUGUCACAUUGAGGAGCAAUUUUACAUCUGUCUAUAACCGUUAAAAAACAGCAAAGGUUAGUAAUACACAGCUGUGCUUCAUGCCUUUUGUCCCACUGUAACGGCCUUAAUAACAAUAAAAGAUCGCUCUUUUGGAUAUAUUGAUUCUCCAUUAAAAAUAUACGAGAGGAAAAAGCGAGCAAUCUCAAGAAAUUUUUAUUUUAACGAAGACAUCUUUGAAUGAAAUGUUUGUUUUUUCCCCACUACUGAUUGUUUAGCAAACUGCUAAGUGAAUGUUGCUGAAAGGAAAUGGACAUCAGUAAUGGAAAGCUGUACAUCAGGUUUUUGGUGCAGUGGAGUUUAGAGCAUAUGUUUCAGCUCCCUUUGUUAUGUAACCAGUGUGAUUUUCUAUAAAAGUCUGCAUUUUAUAAAGUAAA